CAGCUGCGCUGAGGAAGUGUGCAGCCCCUUCGCGGGCCGGACUUCAGCUGAGCACGUCCCCCACGUCCUCUCCUGGCCACUUAUUAUUUAUUCAUUUCCCCGCAAAAGCAAACAAGGAUCCAAGUUUUAAACUUUCCCUCCCUCCCCGCUAAUGCGAGAGGGGGCCAGAUCCUAUCCAACACACAGUUUAAGUUUCAUGGGGCUCUGGGAUCAAAAGAACAGAAACAGCAACAACAAAAGCCCAGCCGCUGUCUCAUUUAAAACUGGCAAAGCGGGGGAAAUAAAGUGUUGAGUAAACAGACCGAGUUGGGUACUUGAUCUACUGAGACCAAGAAUGGUGAAUGACUACUAGGAAGGGAGAAUUAAUCUGAAAAAAUGUUCAAAGGUUUCAAAGUAACCAUGGGGAGCUUCAAAGGCCAUGCCCUCCCCGGAACCUUCUUUUUCAUCAUGGGUACUUGGUGGGCUAUAAAGAGCAUUCUGAAGUAUACCUGCAGAAAGCAGAAGCGGACUUCCUACCUGGUUUCCAAAGCAUUAUUCUAUCGAAUUGAAAUUUUAGAGGGAAUCAUAAUAAUCGGCAUGGCUCUAACUGGUAUAGUUGGGGAGCAGUUCAUUGUUGGAGGGCCCCACCUGUCCUUAUAUAACUAUAAAGCAGGCCAGUGGGUCCAACUCCUGAGCUGGCAUCAUUGCACCAUGUAUUUCUUCUUUGGGCUGAUGGGAAUGACAAACAUCUUAUGUACCACCAUCAGUUCACUGCCUGCUUCUUUAACCAAGUUAAUGAUGGCAAAUGCUUUAUUUGUGGAGGCUUUUAUUUUCUACAACCACACUCAUGGCCGGGAAAUGCUGGACAUCUUCGUGCACCAGCUGCUGGUCUUGGUCAUCUUAUUGACAGGACUCAUUACCUUCCUGGAGCUCUUCGCACGCAGCAACUUAAUUCUGGAGCUUCUGCGAUCAAGCUUUAUCUUGCUUCAGGGGAACUGGUUCUGGCAGAUUGGUUUUGUCCUUUAUCCUCCCAGUGGAGGUCCUGCAUGGGAUGCAACGAAUCAUGACAACAUUAUGUUUCUCACCAUAUGCUUUUGUUGGCAUUAUGCAUUGACCUUUAUCAUCAUUGGAAUGAUUUAUGCCUUUGUUACCUGGCGGACAUCUGGGCCUCAUCUCCUUAGGGGCUGGGCAGUCUCCAAGACCAAAGCCAACAUUCAGGGAGCCCCUCCACUGCAUGGCAGCUCCCUGCCAGAGCGAAAAGAAGACUACUGUCUCUUCUUGUUUCAAAAACCUUCAGACCCCUAAUGAAGUUGUUAUCUACUUACAGUUCUCUAGAAACCAGAAACUCCAUGUUUAUUUUUCAACCUCUGCCCCCCCAGCCCCGCCCUUAACGUUGUGACCACGUAGUUCCCUCUACCUAGUGUGUCCAAAUUAAAUGUCCAUCUCUUCUAUGAAAACUUCUGCGAUUAUUCUAGCUCUGGCUCAUCUUCCUUCGUGAGUUUUUAUAGUACUUUAGUCUCUACCACACCUUUUAACAAUUCUGAUCUAUCUUGUGAUGUUUGUUAUUAGCCUCUUAGUCUCAUCCGUUACCUAGAUUGUAUUGUCUUGAGGAAAAGACCCUUUUCAUAUUUCUCACAGAUCUUGGCACAU